CCCCCCCACGCGCAGCUGGAGCGGAGCCCGACGGUGUGGGGCAACCUGGGAAAGGAGCCGGCGUCGCUUGCGCCCCGCCCGGACACCGCCGCUGCGAGUGCGCGCGGCUCUCCGGCUUGACUGAGCGGCGCCGGAUCGGGAUCGGGCCGGCGAGAAUCCUCGCGAGCUUGGGGAGCUAGGAUGCCUGGGAGCGGCGGCGCAGCCAACUCGGCCGCCGCCCGCCCGGGGGAAGGUCGGCCGCCGCUGCCGCUCCACCCGGAGGAGAAGGACGACGAGGAGGCGCGCCAGGCUCCCGGGGUCGGCGGGGGGCGUGAGGGGGCCGCCGGGUGCUGAGCCGCCCGCUCUCGCCUCUUUUGUCCCGGCUUCAGAGGAGUCCUGGUUCCCGUGGCGGUGGGCCUGCUGGGGCGGGCCAUGUAUCCGCAGGGGCGGCACCCGGGCCCCCACCAGCCUGGCUUUAAAUUCACAGUGGCUGAAUCCUGUGACAGGAUUAAGGACGAGUUCCAGUUUCUGCAGGCCCAGUACCACAGUCUGAAAGUGGAGUAUGACAAGCUUGCAAAUGAAAAGACGGAAAUGCAGCGCCACUAUGUCAUGUACUAUGAAAUGUCUUACGGGUUGAACAUUGAAAUGCACAAGCAGACAGAGAUUGCCAAGAGACUCAACACGAUUCUUGCCCAAAUCAUGCCUUUUCUAUCACAAGAGCACCAGCAGCAAGUGGCUCAGGCAGUUGAGCGGGCCAAGCAGGUGACCAUGACGGAGCUGAAUGCCAUUAUUGGGCAGCAGCAGCUCCAGGCCCAGCACCUCUCCCACACCCCUCACGGGCCCCAGGUACAGCUGCCACCUCACCCAUCAGGCCUGCCACCCCCAGGAAUGCCCACUAUCACAGGGAGCAGUUCGGGGCUCUUGGCCCUCGGGGCCUUCGGCAGCCAAGCACACUUGGCUGUGAAAGACGAGAAGCAUCUGCACGAUUUGGACCCUCGAGACCGUGACUCCAGUGCGAACACCUCCAUUUCCCCAUUGGAGAGCCUGCGUGCCGGUGAGAAGCAUAGGGGCUGCUCAGACUAUGCCGGCAUUGAGCCCAAAAAGCGGAAGGCGGAGGAGAAGGAGGGCUUGAGCCGCUAUGAUAGUGAUGGUGACAAGAGUGAUGACCUGGUGGUCGAUGUCUCCAAUGAGGAUCCGGCCACCCCCCGGGUGAGCCCCGCCCACUCACCUCCAGAGAAUGGGCUGGAUAAAUCCCGUGGACUGAAGAAGGAUGCCCCUAGCAGCCCAGCCUCCAUUGCCUCCUCCAGCAGUAUCCCUUCUUCCAAGACGAAAGACCAG